AUGGCCGCUGCUUACGCUAUACUCAAGUCCGCGCUGUUCGUGACCCCACCCGUACCGACAGCAUCGUUCGAAAACCAAUGUAUCGUCGUGACGGGCGCGAACAGAGGACUCGGUCUCGAAUCAUGUCGGUGGUUCGUGCGCCUAGGCGCCCAAAAAGUAAUCAUGGCGGUGCGGAACACUUCAAGCGGCGAGACGGCCAAGCAGGACAUCACCAACACUGAGAAGUGCAAUCCCGACAUCAUCGAAGUAUGGCCGCUGGAUCUUGCAUCUUUCGACUCGGUUAAAGCUUUCGGCAAACGACUCAAGGGCCUGAAGCGACUAGACGUCCUCUUAUGCAACGCUGCCAUAACGACCUAUGAAUUCAGGGUCGUGGAAGGCCAUGAGAGUCAAACUGCGACCAAUGUCAUCGCAACGUUCCUCGUGGCUUUCGCGGCGCUCCCCAAAUUGAAGCAGACAGCAGCUGACUUCGGAUCGAAGCCACACGUGAGCAUUGUCACUAGUGAUCUGCAUCACCUCACCAAUCUGCCCGAGAGGCAGAACGCCUCAAUAUUCGAAGCACUCAGAGACAAAGCUUCUGCCAACAUGUCUACUCGCUAUUCAGUCACCAAGCUUAUCGAGAUCCUGGUCGUUCGAGAACUGUUUCGUCAAGACGGUGGUCCUAUCAAAGACAAGGAAGCUUACCCGGUCGUCAUCAACACGGUCAAUCCGGGAGCCUGCCACACGCAUCUGACCGACGAGCUCGGCUGGAUGCCCAGUGUGGUCAAGUUCUUCCUGGCAAGGUCCGCCGAGGUCGGUAGUCGCAACUUCGUCCACGCUGCCGCCGCGGGCGACGAGAGUAAAGGCCAGUACCUGAAUGAUUGUAAGGUGGAAGAACCUAGCGCGUUCGUGAGGAGCGAAGAGGGCGAGAAGACGCAAAUACGGGUUUGGACGGAGCUGAAAGCCAUCCUUGAGGAGAUUGAGCCGGGCGUUACGGGAUCGAUCUGA